UUCAUCACAGCAAGAAGACGACGAAGGUACUGUAGUCCACUCUUAUCCGUGAUAGACCAUAAAUAUGAAUAACUUUGAAUCUUAUCAAUAGGUUGAUGAUAUGUGUAGAUACAUCAUCUAAUCCCAAUGUCAAGUGGAAAGCCAAGAAACUCAAUAGAAAAUGUUAACUUAUUUUAUGUAGGCUAUAAUUCAGAUUUCUCGGCAAGGUGGUUUAAUAAUACAGUGGUAAGAAUACGUUUAUGCCUUAAUGCCUUAAUUAAACAAAUGUGGAAAAAUCCAACCUUUUAGGCCACCAAUUUUCUUUGUGAAUGAAUAAUGUAUUGUGAAUAAAUAAAUGUUCUUCAUUCAAAUUCAGGGUGCAUAAGUAUAGCGACCCCUAUGUUAAAUUCCCAUAGAGGCAGGCAGAUGUUUAUUUUGAAAGGCCAUUUAGUUAUUGGAUCCUGGAUCGAUGCAUCCUGAUAAAGUCACCUUGGCCUUUGGAAUUAAAAUAGCCCCACAUCAUCACAUACCCUUCGCCAUACCCAGAGACUGGCAUGGAACACAAGAGUAUAUAAACUGGAACACUAUAAAUGCUCAGAGACCGGAAAUUAUGUCAAAAGUGCAACUCGGAAGGCUGGUGUCCGAGGAUUAAGGAACACACCAUGAGUUGACAGAGGUCAGAGCUCUCUGUCCAUGCUUCAUAUUUUCAUAAACUGAUUAUUAUAGCGGUUAGCGGUUAGCGGUUAUUAUAGCGGUUUAACCAGCACAGGGAGUAUGAUAUCCGCAUGGUGAACUUGAUCGUAUCAGACACGUUUGAAGCCCUUUGAGGCCUUCUGUGUGGAUGAUGAAUGGUUAUUAAAUAGUGCAAUAGAAACGUCCGGGAAGCAUCGCCACACCUUUCCCCUCCUUGAGAAUGAGAGGGUCUAUGAAUCUGCGUCUAGGAAAAAACACCCUGCCCCUCGUCCAAAGUUAACAGAGACAACAGCGCCCAGUGACCGGAAAGUCGCAACUCAUAACAAAUCGGAGGCUGGGAGGAGUUUGACCUUAGAGGGGAACUGGUCCAACUGGUUGGUUCAUCAUUUCCUUGUUAUGAGUCUAACGGUUUGGUGUGGCUCACUUCAUCACAGCAGGAAGACGACGAAGGAUUGGCCUCUGCUACUUCCGGGUCUGAAGAGGACUUCCGUCUGGAGGACAGUAUGUGUAAGAAACACAACUGACUUCUGGACUUCUGCCAGACUGACCAGGAGAGUGUGUGUGUGUGUGUGUGUGUGUGUGUGUGUGUGUGUGUGUGUGUGUGUGUGUGUGUGUGUGUGUGUGUGUGUGUGUGUGUGUGUGUGUGUGUGUGUGUGUGUGUGUUGUGCACAAUGGCGGACCACAAGUCCCAUCCUCAAAAUGAGGAAUAUGAAGGGAUUAUGGCCCAGCUUGGGAAGAAGCAGGCCGAGUUUCAGCAGAUGAUCCAGGAGAGACAAAAAAAGAGUCAGGACAUCAAUGAAACAGUGAAACUGAGCAAAGCAAAAGCAGACAAAGAGAUGGUCCAUGGUGGGGAGAUCCUCACUGCUCUGAAGCGCUCUGUUGAAAAGACUCUGGAUGAUUUCUACCAAACUGUUCAAAAGAAACUAAAAUCCAAAGAGAAACAAGCUGAUGACCUCAUCAAAGAGCUGGGGCAGGAAAUAGAAGUUCUGACCAAUAGAAGCUCAGAGGUGAAGCAGCUCUCACACACUAAAGACCCCCUCAAAGUCAUCCAGACCUUCAAAUCCCUGAAGGAUCCUCCAAAAGUCAGGGACUGGACGAAGGUGAAGUUCCGUCCUCCGUCAUACGAAGGGACACUGGACAAGGAGAUGAAGAAGCUGGUUGUCCAAGAGCCAACGCUAAAGAAGUGUCUCCAGUCUACUAUGGAUGAGGAGAGAGAGGAGGGGGGUCCUACCUCUAAGACCACUCUGUCUGGGCAACAUGGCCGCCGGAGCAAAGCUAAGAGCCCAGAGCAGCAGCAGAGAGCAGACUCCCCUGGAUCCAGCUGUGACUCCUUUGAGAGUGACGAGUCUAUGGAAAAACAUGCUGAUUUUGAAGAUGGACGCCCCUCCAGAGAGGAGAGUGUGGAGCACGAUGGAGUGAGGAGGCUGAGACCAUCUCUAAUGAAGUAUGCCUGUGACCUCACACUGGACCCCAACACGGCCCACAGACUCCUCUCUCUGUCUGAGGACAACAGGAAGGUGACGCAGGUUGAAGAGGACCAGUCGUAUCCGGAUCACCCAGACAGAUUUGACUCCUGGCACCAGGUGUUGGGUAGAGAGGCUCUGACUGGCCGCUGUUACUGGGAGGUAGAGUGGGAAGGAGGGGUUGAGAUAGGAGUGACAUACAGAGGAAUCACAAGGAGAGGAGUGGGUGGUGACAGCGGGCUUGGAGAGAACAACAAGUCCUGGAGUCUUUAUUGUCGUGAUGAUGGUUACUCUGCCCGGUACAACGGUAUAGAGACAGACCUCCCUCUCCCCUCCGCUGGCUCCACCAGAGUAGGAGUGUAUCUGGACCGGCCUGCUGGCUCUCUGUCCUUCUACAGAGUGUCCCCAGGUGGAGGAGGGUCCUCAGACACACUGACACACCUCCACACCUUCCAGGCCUCCUUCACCCAGGAGGUCCUCCUCCCGGGGGUGUGGGUAGGGGGGGGGGCCUCAGUGUCUCUGUGUCGGUUGUAGACACACAGACAGACGCGCACACACACACACACACACACACACACACACACACACACACACACACACACACACACACACACACACACACACACACACACACACACACACACACACACACACACACACACACAAGAAGGAGCGUG